UCUAAAUUUCCCCCUUUCCUUUUUCAUUUUUAAAAGACACUUGUUAUCCAAAAAACGAAAUAAUCUAAAAUUAUAAUUAGAAAAAAUUUGUCUUAUUUGUAUCCUAAUGUGUGUGCUUUUUGGGGGAGGGAUCAGUUUCCGGUUUUCUCUGCACAGCCUACCUGCAUUACUAGAGAAAAAAUGAAAACAUCCAUGUCUGUCUCACUACGGUCAGUCGGCGUGUAUACUACUUUGUUUUAGCUCUCUUUAUCCGUAGAUUAUUUCAGCACAUUUCUGUCUGUAUUAACCAAAAAUGUGCACUAUGUGUAUUUUUGCUUUUCGUGGAGGAGUUCACGGAGUGCGCAGGGGGUUGCGACUCGGUAGCCAACGUCAACGUUAGCUUUGGCAAAGCUGCUCGGCCCACUGUGCUUCUCAUAUUCACGGAAGACAUUUCUGUUCAGGCUCAGCACCAUGAAUUUGGUACGUCUAGUCUGCCGCCACAAGACCGCUCUGGUCCUCUGCACUGUGUGCACCUUUGCUGUGGUUCUCGUCUUCUUGGCCAAAUGUACCUCAGAAACACUGAAGCAGGGUCAUGCAGAUCCACCAGGCUUAGCCCCGCGUGCCAGUGCUUUACUUCCUCGUCUAGAACAGCACGAUCAAUCGUCCUCCUCCAAAGACUUGUCAGCAUUCCUUGUGGUCCUCAUCACCACGGGGCCCAAGUACACAGAGCGUAGAAGUAUCAUUAGGAGCACAUGGCUGGCCAAGCGGGACUCUGAUGUUCUGGCUAUGUUUGUUGUAGGAACUCAGGGACUUUCAAAUGAAGACCUUCAGAACCUGAACACAGAACAAGGACGACACAAGGAUCUCCUCCUACUACCUGAUUUGAAAGAUUCCUAUGAGAACUUGACCAUGAAACUGCUGCACAUGUACUCCUGGCUGGACCAGAACGUGGGAUUCAAGUUUGUCCUCAAAGCAGAUGAUGAUACAUUCGCUCGCUUGGACCUCCUUAAAGAGGAGCUGAGGGCAAAAGAACCCACUCGGUUGUACUGGGGCUUCUUCUCAGGUCGAGGACGAGUGAAGGCGGCUGGGAAGUGGCGGGAAAGCACUUGGGAACUCUGUGACUACUAUCUGCCCUACGCCCUGGGCGGCGGCUACAUCCUGUCAUCCGACCUGGUACGAUAUGUGCAUCUUAACGCAGGCUACUUAAAGAUGUGGCAGAGUGAGGAUGUGUCAUUGGGCGCCUGGCUGGCUCCGGUGGAUGUCAGGCGGACGCACGACCCACGCUUUGACACCGAGUAUAAGUCCCGCGGUUGCAACAACAAGUACUUGGUGACGCAUAAGCAAAGUCUGGAGGACAUGCUGGAGAAGCACCAGACGCUGCAGCGGGAUGGGAGGCUCUGUAAGGAGGAAGUCAAGUUGCGACUGUCGUAUGUGUACGACUGGAGUGUGCCCCCAUCACAAUGCUGCCAGAGGAAGGAGGGCGUUCCUUAAUUUCUCUCCUUUGCGCUCAGCUGAAGUCGGCUUCCAAUUCAGAUACUUUUCCCUCAUUUUGUUUACACUAAAAGAUCAUUUAAAACAGUGCAGCUUUUAACAUAAACCACACAAUGAUUGGAUUUAAUGAAAAUAUAUUUAAAGUUAAGUUGACAUUUCCUCUUUUUGAACGAAUCCAGCAAAAUCAGAAUGUAGAUCUGGUUAAAUCAGAUUAACGUAUUCCCCCAAAGAGUUGCCUCCGUUCAAAUAGACGCCGUGCCCCACUGAAUCACAGCUGUGUUGUCCACCUGAAUAAAUUAAAUGCAGCACCUCAAGUAGAUGCCUUAUUUUUCCCCCUGUGGAAGAAAACAAUCUGUUGUAGAAAUCUUUUAGAGUGGAUUUAAGAGUGCAAUAAAAAAAAAGUGGUGUUGAGAAAAAUGAAGAACUACCGAUCAGUCAGUGAGCGACAGAGGCUGUAAUAAGGAUUAGAUUGAAUUUAAUGCAUACUGUAUCGUAAUACAGUGGAACCUCGUUUUUUUUUUUUUUUUUUUUUUUUUUUUUUUUUGGUCAUUAAUUUGUUCCAAAAGGUCAGUUAAAAACUGAAACGUACUUAAACCGAAGCAAUUUUUCCUACAGGAAAGAAUGUAAAUCCAAUGAAUUUGUUCCAGACACCCACAGUUAAUAACAAAACUACAUUAAAGCAUACAAUUCUAGCUUUACUUUCAGAAAAUAAUGUGAAAUAAUCAAAAAUGACGAAUGAAAUGGAUACAUUUAACAUCACGUUUACCUUUACUGAGUACUCUUGUUGACGGUGAGGCGAGCAGUCGUGAGGAGCAAAGAGGGAGGAGGGGAGAGAAGGCGGCCCGCACUUGACUCGAUCUCCACCAUCCACAACGUCUCAGCAUUGUUAUAUCCAAGAACACACAGACAACGACUGUGUUCUCACACAAUUUUGUUUACGUCAACAGAUGAAGUCACAUACAUUUAUGGCAAACAAAACACCGCUUUACAACACUAUCGUUUGUGAGCUGCUCUUUUUGCAACAUAAGUUAGGUACAAAUGUGUACGCAGACUGAGCCGUAGAUGAUACAGUAUGUUGUUUCCACAUGGAGUGGGGGUUGAAUUAGCAAUAGCAAAGCUGCUUGCUUCUUAUGCGGACGGCAGACCACGUAGUGAAACCUGCCUUGUUCUCCGGUCGCCUCAGAUCGAGCGAAGCCGAAACCGACGGCUCGCUUGAAAAAUUGGAAAGUGCGUGAUAGAGCAUGGUUGCUGUUUCAGCGCAUCCUUUUAAAGUCAUGGCUGCAACCUGCCAUUAAACCAAAAGCACAUCUACUCCGGUCUCACUGACAACAGACCUCCACUCUAGGAUGGAACUUGCUGUUGAUGCAGACUUCCCGUACAUCCUGGCGAGAUCAGGCACGCUCGAGUUAUUUUUUGAACUCAAUUGUGUUCCUCACCUUCUUUAUGAAAUUGCUGGCACAUGCAACUUUAUUUGGCCCCAUGGCACGUUAUUUAGCAGUCCGACUCAAUAAAACAGUGAGUCGCCAACAUGUAAGGUGUUUUGUUUGGGUACUCGAUUCCGCUGAAUGAUACGGUCCAGGGCGAACGGACAGGUUUGUUAUUCGCAAGGUUGUGCGAUAACCAAGACUGUGUACGAAAACCACAGCAAACAUUUUCGGCAGAAACCGAAUCACACAAAAACUGGGGCGUUCGAAAACCGGGGUUCCGCUGUAUGUAACAUUGUAAUUAUCAUUAUCUGUGCAAAGAGUAUAUAAUAUUUAACAUUAUUACAUAAAUGCAUUUAUACAAAUAAAGGUCUCCCUCUGAUUGCCGUACAAGUGAUAAAUGCUUGCCACUCUCUGCAGUUAAGUAAAUAAAUACCUAUGGCCAUUUUAUGAGUGACAGUCUGUUAAUUUGUUGUUUUUUAUGCUUGUUUUCACACAUAUUGCAUAGCUCCUGUGAUAACUUCUGGUGGAUUAACCAGUGUUUUCUAGUCCUUAAUUAAUUUUUAAAAUUUGGUUUACUUACAGUAUUUUAGCUUGGCGACUGAACCUCUUUCUGCAUUCUGUCAGUGCAAUUUCUUAGAGUACACUCGUAUUUGAACACGACCAACAAACAAAAUGCGCGGUUGAGCCCAAACAUUCCUCUUCUGUCAUCCCAAUACUGCUCACAGCCACUAGGGGGGCAUAUUUGCCUGUCUGGGAAUUGCUAGGAUAUGCUAUGAUGCAUUUACUAGUGUUCUACAGGUUUCAGUUCAUUUCUUUCUCAGGCAUUUCUUGUUUUUCUGAUGUCACAUGUUUAAUCUAGUACCAAAAGUAUUUAAUGAUGCGGUGUUGUACAGAAAUAGCCAUUUCAUCUCUGAAUUGCAAGCCUUCUUCUGCCUUGUCACCUUUUUUUUACCUGUUGGCCUUGUCAUGUCAGCGCAGUUUUUUUGAUGGCGACUUCCCUCAUUUUCUCCUAUUACACCUAAUCCCUACCAUUUGUACACUUAUUUCUAUUAUUUUAAGUGUCAUGCAGCCUAGUAGGACAUUCUUACCUGCCUACAGUAUAUAUUUUGUGUAUUUGUGAAAGCAAUUGUAUUUAUUUUUUAUUUAUUAUGCAGUAAGCACACUGGUUGUCAUGCCGGGAUAGAGUUGAAUUGACGAGUUUGCAUUUUAUAUGUCCCGUUUAUAAAGAAUGGUACACAAGUUUUCCCGUCAGUGGGAUUGCACAGAAUGUGAAAGGGAAUAUGACUGAAUGUGCUGAACGUUCCUGUUUCUUUGUGUGAUGACAUUUCCAUGGCAGGCAGAUAUGAUCAGCAUGUUUAUACUUUACAGUACUGUGCAGCAGUGUAGCAACUCACAGAUUCAGUGUUUUAACCACAAACUGCUUUUAUUUGUAUUUCCCGAUGUUCAAGUUCAUCUCACUGUGAUCUCACUGUGCAUGUCAAGCUAAAAAAAAAAAAGUUCCAGUGCUGAUUGCCGCAUUGGAAAAAAAUGUUUAUGCAAUCAUGGUUCUCAACUGGUAGGUCGGGACCCAUAAGUGGGUCGUGCAGCCGUUUUCAGUGAGUUGCAGGUCUAUUGCCUGGGUAAAAAAAUAAAAUGACCCAAUGUCCGUGAAUGCACCUCACGUUCUUGUCUGCGCUACUAGCUUGUUACGCCGCCACAGGGUAUGUGCCAUGUUUAUGGGCGACUUUGUCACGCCUGAGCGGAAGGGGAAGGGCAUCGAGUGGGGACUGAACAUGCCGUCCGGCCGACACAGCUGCGGAUAUCUUCUGGAGAUAAAAAGAGACCAGCGUCUCGCAGUCAUAGCUCACAUUGUGUUGCAAACAGUCCCUUUCAAUAUACAAUAUCAGAAGUUUGAGUGAAAAAGCUGACAUCCAUCAUGGACAACACCUCUCACCCGCUACAUGACACUGUUGUUUCCCUGGGCAGCUCCUUCAGCAGCAGACUGUUACACCCACGGUGUAAGAAGGAGAGGUUCCGCAGGUCAUUCAUACCGACUGCUGUCAGGCUCUACAACACCUGCACCACCUGAACCAUGUUGUAGUCAAUAUGCAUUCUUUACACUGUACUCUUUACUUGCGUAUCUUGCUUGCUGCUGUAACAAGUGAAUUUCCCCGCUGUGGGAUAAAUAAAGUACAAAUACAAAUACAAAAAUUCCGCAAUGUGGGUCGCCGCUUGUCAUUGAGCAGCGACGGUGGGUCAUGCAGGCAAACCAGUUGAGAACCACUAGUUUAGACCAUCAGAUUCAACUUUAGAACUGGUUACAUUUCUUGUACAAAGCGACCCUCCCUGGAUGUAUUACUGUAUUAAAAUAGUAUUGAUUGA